AUGUAUCUAGAGCACCAUAUGCUACUUGUGGAACUUGUUUCUGAUGCAUCUCAAUCUGCAGCUUUGGUAGUUCUGCGUCUGAUUAGCUCUGCACGGGUGAUCUCCAAACUCGACGCUCAGUAUACUGAGUACUCAGCUCAGUAUUUGGUGGAUAACGUUGGGAAGGAAGAAGUGGAGGGAGAAAUGGAUCAAGAAAGCUGUCAGUACACUAUGGAAAACAUACUUCGGUACUUGGUUGAAAACGUUUGGACCAAGAAGGACGAUAGGCAGGAAGAAUUGGAUCGACGCCAUGACCUCACUGUGAAAGAAUGCCUUGAGUUUGCUUUUAAAAAAGGGCUACCGAGAGGAGAACACUGGGCUCAUUUGGGAUGUGUGUCCAAGUUUCCCCCAUUUGCUUGUCAGAUACCUCGCGUUCCCAUGAAAGAAGAAGUGAUUGAGGCUACAAAUUGGGAUGAAGCAUUUGAGCUGUUGAAGCAACAACCGAUGGGAGCAAGACUACAUGUGUUCAGUCCAGAGUUUUAUCGUGUUCGAGAGGGAUUUUACGAGGGGCCUUCAGGUAAUGGAACACGGUAUGUUGGGCUUAGAGAUGUGAUAGUAGUUGAAGUGGAGAGGAUCGAGGGAGAGAUUGUCGUGACUGUUCAGAUAUUCUACAAGAAGAAGACCUCAUUUGUCAAAGUUGUUAUGAGAAGUAUGUUACUCCCGCUUAAUGGUGUAGACGAGUCUCAGGUCACGGAGCCAACCACACUGCUUGUUGACUUCUGUAUCCCACGUUUAUCUAUCAACUAA